GGCUGGACGCCAGCAGCUGUAUGAGUGAGUAACAGCAGCAGGCAGAGAGAGGCUGGUAGUGUGUGAACAGAGAGAGGACGAUAUCCUAACCAUAGGUUAGGCUUGAGGAUUCUUUUUUUACUCGGUAUUUGCUUUACAAUUGUGAUUGUUUGUUUUGUGCGAAGAAAUUGCAGAUUAUUUUGAAGAAAAAUAGGAUUUCAUCAUUUUUUAUAAUGUGUGUUACAGUUAGACGGGAUAUUUCUCACUUCUAUUUCAGAAGAGGACAGUUUUAAAGUCAUUUCAAACUUCAAAGAAAAUACAUUUAGUCUCUUUUUUCUUUUAAGUGAUUUUUAGAAAUGUCUGUUUAGCCACGAGACAAGAGGAUUAUCAUUACUUCACUUCAUUAUGCUGCUGGCUCUGCUUCUGGUUCUGAGUCUUUGCUCUGGUGCUCGCUCCUCUGAGCCGUCAUCAGUAACUAUCCAGUACCGGGUUUGGGAGGAGCAGCCUGCGGGAACCCGGGUCGGCCGUCUGGUGGACGACCUCCGUCAGAGGGACGAAGGCGGGCCUUUGGAGGAUUUCCAGGUGGUGGAGCAUGAAAAAGCCCUUCCCUUCUCCGUCAGCACUCGAGAUGGGGUCGUCUCCACCCAGGGCCGGCUGGACAGGGAGGAGCUGUGCCGGGGGUCAGACCUGUGCGAACUGGCCUUCAGCGUCCUCUACAGGAAAAGCGGUGCUGUGAACUGCCUGCGGGUUCGUGUGGAGGUGAUGGACCAGAAUGAUCACAGUCCCACCUUCCCCAGCGCGGUGCAGGAAGUAGAGAUCUCUGAGACAGCUGGCCUCAGGAUGCGAAUCCCUUUGGACCGGGCGGUGGAUCCUGACGCUGGGCCUAACGGCCUCCAGACCUACUCGCUAUCUGUCAAUCAACACUUUGCUCUUGAUGUGACUGUUGCUCCAGGUGGGACAAAACAGGCAGAGCUGGUGGUGAUCAAAGAACUGGACAGGGAGGUUCAGGCCUCAUUUGACCUCACACUGGUAGCAUGGGAUAAAGGGAACCCUCCCAGAUCUGGGAGCACAUUAGUCCGUGUUAAUAUCCAAGACUCAAAUGAUAACAGCCCUGCAUUUGAGGACAGCACUCCUACUGUGGAGCUGCCUGAGGAUACAGCUCGCGGGACAACCAUCAUCAACCUCAAGGCCACUGACCCAGACCAGGGUGCUAAUGGGGAGGUGGAGUAUUCGCUCAGUAAGCACACACAUCCGGAGGUUCAGAGGCUCUUCUUUGUGGAUCCACAAACUGGAGCAGUGAGUGUCAUAGCACCCCUGGACUAUGAGGUCAAGGCCUCUUAUGAAGUAAUCAUACAAGCCCGUGAUCGUGGGCCGAAUGCGAUUCCAACACACUGCAAACUGCACGUCAAGCUUAGAGAUGUAAACGAUAAUGCACCAAGGAUACACAUGACCUGGACUCCACCCAACUCACCUGUGGCGACAGUGCUGGAAGGAGCACUGCCAGACACUUUUCUUGCUCUAGUGAUGGUCUCGGAUGCGGAUUCAGGACAAAAUGGCAAAGUUGCAGCACAUAUUCCGGAAGGAUCGGGCCCUUUCCGUCUUAAACGUAUCCAUGGUAACAAUUACAUGAUUGUUACUGAUGGCCCUCUUGAUCGAGAGAAGGUAAUGCAGUAUAACAUCACACUCCUUGCCCAGGAUUAUGGCGAUCCCCCACUCUCUUGUGUUAAACACCUGCCUGUCCACGUCCUGGAUGAGAAUGACAACGCCCCCGUGUUCUCCUCCUCCCUCUAUAAGACCUCCUUUGAGGAGAACAACAUGGCAGGCUACCAUGCUCUCAAAGUUGAAGCCCAUGAUGUUGAUCUGGAGCUCAGCGGAAGAGUGUCCUACUUCAUACGCACCUUAAAUGAAGUGGAAACUGACACACAAUCUUUCUCCAUCCACCCGACCAGUGGUGUCAUUAGUGUCCAACAUCCUCUAGACUACGAGGAAUCCCAUGCCUACUCUUUCAUUGUGGAGGCUGUUGACCAAGGCCAUCCGCCUCUCACUAGCACAGCCACUGUGCAAAUCGACAUCCAGGAUGUGAAUGACAACUACCCAAUCAUCAAAGAGCCAAAACCCAGAAAGGGUGUGUCCUCUCUAAGUGUACCUGUCAAUGCAGACAAGGGGGAGAUUGUGACCGAGCUGGGAAAUGACAUGGAAGAGGGAUCCACCACUUUGCCGAUCAGUCACUCAGUCAGAGAGGGAUUUGUUGGAUUCCUCGCAUCAACCAUAAAGGCUGAAGACUCGGACUCUGGGCUGAGUGGGCAACUCAGCUACCUCAUCACUGACGGAAACCCAUACGGAUUGUUCUGGUUGGACCAGGAUACAGGCCAGCUGUUUGUGAACACUACUAACGCCACUGAGCUAAUUGGGAAAACCUUUAAGGUGAAUAUUGCUGUGUCUGACAUGGGCAGUCCCAGCCUGACCACCGAGACGACCCUGGAGGUGACUUUCAUCAAUCUCAAGGAUCAUCUGAAGAACUCAUCACCUGGUAACCGAGGACAGCUCAGCUUCACCAUGAUGAUGGCAAUCUGCCUGGGUGCCACCUGCCUGUUGCUUCUGUUGGCCGUUGCUUUGGUGACAACAUUCUGCCGGCCAGAGAAACGGGACAACCAUGCUUACAACUGCAGACAGGCUGAAUCGACCUACACCCGCCAUCCAAGGCGCCCGCAGAAGAACAUCAGGAAGUCUGACAUCCAGCUAAUUCCUGUCAUCAGAGGACGAAAGGAAGAGCCACCGGAGGAUGAUAGUGAAGCCCAGCCAUUGGCUCCAUCUCCAGUGAUGUCAGAGGAUCAACAAACUGACAGACAGUAUACCUUAACACCAUCAGUGAUGAACACAAGCUUCCGUUCCCAAAGUUACCCAGAAGGGGAUGUCAAUCAACCCAUCACCCACCACUGCAGAACGCUUCGGAAACCUGGAAACAUUGAACUUGAUGGCGCUUUGCCUCUGACACCUGCCACGUCAUACCGGACUCUGCGGAAAGCCAGGAACCCUUCAUCAUCCUCUUCAAUCUCACAUUCGAGCACCUUGAAGCGGCAGACUCGCGCUGAAGGGGAAGAGGCGGAACCACUGUCUUCAGCAUCCCAGGCAACUCUCAGGAGGCCUAAGACCUCAGAGGGACGAGGGGGGCACGAUGCAGAACAUCGGCAGAUGCUUCGGAACCUGGUUCGACUCUCCAUGGCUGCGUUCGGGGAGUCCAUUGAGCUUUCCUCCGCUUCCCCAGAAGUGCAGCAGAUCUCCCAGCUCCUCUCCCUCCUCCGGCAGGGUCAGCUGCAGCCGAGGCCCAACUUCAGAGGGAACAAAUACUCUCAUCGCAACGGCAGAUUUGGAGGCCAGGACUGCUCUGAUUGGCAGAGCACCAAAGACAGCGGACACGGUGAGAGCGAGGCCGGAGAUGUGGACUGGGAACCAGGAAGAGACUCACCCAUAGACCCACAGCUGGAGGAGGGGCUUAACAACCUGCUCAACAACACUGACGACGUCUUCUCAGAAGCCAACGAUCCAGCCUGGAUGGCCAGGCUCUCUCUCCCACUCGCCGCCGAUUACCACGACAACGUCUUUGUCCCCAAUGGGCCCCCGUCCCCCGAAAGUGAGCUCCUUCCCCGGGACGGCCUGGACUCCUCGUCCUUCUCCACGUUCGGUAAAACUCCAGAGAAGGACGGCCCACUGGGCGGGGCCCUCCUGUCUGAGGUCAGCACGCUGUUUGAGAUGUUGAUGACGCAGAAGGCCGACGCCCACCCCGGCCCACGGCCUGACGUCCUGUACCGACUGUCUGCGGCGUACCGGCGCUCGCUGGGCCUGGACGGCGCCACUUCGGCUGCCGCAGGCAACGCACCGAGGAACUCUGGGAACGCCGAGAAGAGGUCGGGCCUGGCUCCACCUUCAGGACUUUAUCAAUAAGUCUGUUCACUGAACACUGGAAAAGACUGAGAGCUGACUGAUGCAGCUCAGAUCAGGAAGAGACGGAAAAUGAUGUUUCUGUGUUUGAGGAGUAUUUGGGGAUUUUGGAGGCAUUACAUGAUAUAAAUAGAAAAAUAGAAUAAAAUUCUUAAAGGUGCAACUGUAAGUAAUGCCAUGAUAAACAGUUUUUUGUAGAAUCAGAGGUUAAAUGUAAAGGAUGUGUCACUUUGAACAUUUCUGUGCCAAUAAGACGACUAAAGGUGUGAAGGUGCGUUCAGAGUGAACAUGAAGCUAAAAAAAGUACCCAGAACUUUUAUUCCCAGGGAAUACUUUCCAAAAAACUAAAAGGUUCCUUCAGCCUGUUGUCGUCUGCGUAAACCUCAUCUGAAAACUGGUUUUACACGUCAUUUCUGUGCACGACUAUGGGCCACAGCUUCAACUGUAUGAUUUUGUCGUGUGGUUUCUCCUGUAGCUCCAUGUUGAUGUGGAAGCACAAUGAGCAGAACAGAAACUGGUUUGAAAAAUGGUGGCUGAAAUAAAAUGACGCGACAAAUGGGCCAAUCAGAAAUAUUCAGCGCUGCAGGCCCCGCCCCCAAAGGUCCUGUACUUUUGUAAAGUAACACCAGCUGAGCAGGGACUUUUUGUGGGUUAAAUAAAGUUUUCAGACCUUCAUUUAGAGCCUCGUCCCUGCAGUGGAAACACACUGAGCUCCUCCAGAGGUCCCGGGUUCCUGCAGGGCAGCGUGAUGCCGGUUGGAAACUGAACUUUAAUGAACAUUCUGGGACUGCUGUCUCAAAAACUUAGUGGCAUGAAACAGUUGAGGACAACUUUAUCCAAAGAAACUGAUCACUCAGGACAUAAACUACUUCUCCUCAACGCAACAGACACCUGACAAAACUACAGACUCGAGAGGCAGGAGGCAGCCUCGUCUGUUCGUGCCUUUUCUCUGACUUCAUGGUUUGUCACAGCGUCUGAUUUUCUCCUCAUCCACUCUGGCAUCGCCUAAAGGCUGCAGUGUUCAUUACACCCCGAAAGACAGAAGUGUUGGACGGAACAAGCAACAUGCUGAUCAUUGAGAUCGUAGAGCUGACUCAAGCUAAAAAGUGUAAAUAUCUUAUCGUAUCCUCAGACCAGUUAAAAUAAAUACAGACGUGGUGAAAAUGACAGAUCCCGUUGAAAUGGUGCUACAGUACAAUGCAGCAUUCUUACCAUCAAUACAUCAGGUAGCAUCAGGUGCUUCAGUUCAGGUUAAAUGAGCAGUAAGUGAGAGGAAUCGAGCAGUGGCGGAAGCAGGAGAAACUGGAAGGAAGUGAAUCUGAGACGGAUUUAGUUCCAGUAUAUUUACUCAGAAAGAUAAGUGAGGUGGAGAAAAACAGACAACGAUGUGAAGGAAAACAGGAAGUGACGGCAGGAACGGCAAAUCGCAGUUGAAACGAACAUUAUGGUGAAUCUGAAAGUUGAAAAUGUGUCUGGUUUCCUGACGAUCUCGCACCCGUUCGGAGGAAUGAACCGUCGGUCAGGACGUAGAAGUCUUGGCUUUAGCUUUUGUCUGAGAAAGCGCGCCGGCGACUUGCAGGAAAUGUUGCUUUGUCUUUUUGUUUCUCCUCAAGACUGAAGAGAAACAAGCUGCAUGCAGGGAAGAAAAGGUGUUUGUUGACAGUAGAGCAGCUCAGCCUGGACCUCCUCUGCCCACCGACUCUGAAACCCACCUCCUCAAAGUGACCCACGUUAAGAUCACUGCUGUUUUUCACCGUGAUUUUAAAAUAUUAGCUGACAAACUCUCCAGUUGCCUCUUAAGUUAUUGGUUUAACUUCUGUUCAGUGUUGUCUUAUUUGUAGCUCUUUUUGCUGUAGUUUUCAAACCAACAGCACUUUGUACAGUCUUUUGUCAAACGUUUUGUAUCAAGAAAACUUUUUUUGAACCAUUUUCAUUGAAAGUCAGCUUUUCAAUAAAGUGAGCAACAUG